AUGUCUGGGCGUCUAUCAUCCGACCAUUCUCGCUCCUUCUCGCAGUCUUCGCGACCCUCAUCCCAACGCUUCGUGUCUACCAGCGAAACCGAUUCGAUGCAUCAUCGUUCAAUGUCUGCUCGCUCCUCCAACCCUAAUGUCUUCUCCGACGAAUACUCCCUAGAACCCAUCGACUCCCAAUCCGAACACUCCACCGUCACCGCUCGAAGUCCAUCCGUAUCCUCCAGUGCCUCCUCGAACACUCUCCGGGGCUCGCUACGCCAACAGCAGAAGGCAUUCAACACCAUUCCCCCCACCGAUGCCGAACUGGAUUUCGAAGACCCCUUUGCGGAUGAGGCCCGCGUCUCAUUCGAUGAGACCCCCCACCGAUCGAGCCUCCCUCCGAAGGGGCUGGAUCUGACCGAUCGCAACUCCAUCGCGUCCACCGCCCCUUCCAUCACGAGUCGUAGCCAGAGUGCCUCCUCGCGUUUCUCUUUGCCUCUUCGGGCACUGAGCCCUUACACAGGAGCCACUGGUCCCAGCCAUCCGUACGCGAUGUAUCCGCAGGUCGGUGUCAGUCGCUCUCCUAGUGUGGCGACCACAUCGACUCUACGACCAAUCGACCGACCGCUGGAAGAUACAAGUGCGCCACAGCAUCCAUACGCGAUGUACACGCAGAACGUGGUGGACGAGGAGGAUGGUCUUGAUGCCCCGAUCGACAAUUCGAUGGUACCCCUUGGCUUUCCCGGGCUCAAUCAAGCCUACCAGCGAGCGCCUGGUCGAGCGGAUGAUGACGUGGGCGACCUUAUCGGGCCAGAUGGACACACCGAACAACUUCCCCCUACUCUCGUGGAAGGCACCUUUGCGACCGUCAAUGAUGCUGGCAUUACACGGGACGAAACCGUUCACGAUGAGCGUGCUGGGCCACCAAUGUCGGAGGUUUCCUCCAAUACGUUAGUGAUGGAUAGUACCGCGAAUGGAGCCGGUGACAGAGGGGUGGAAGAGCCCCCUGUCUCCGGGGUUAUGGCAUUCGAAGAAAAGCUGAAGAGCAAAGGCAAGAAGAAGGCAUGCUGUGGGCUCCCGGUGUGGACACUGGUUUUGGUGGGAGUUGUUAUGCUCGUGGGAGGAUGCAUUGGGGGCAUCAUUGGCGGUGUCCUGGGGGCGAGGAAGGCGGCGGAGCAAGAGCACAACAAACCAAAAGGUCCGCGUAUUGUCACCUUGACGGAAACGCCAAGAAUGGACGCAACGCCAGUCACGGCUACUCCCACCAACCUACUGACUCUACCUACCGGUCAAUUCGUGAUCCCCGCUUCCCCCAAGAAUCAGUCGAAGUUUUGCGUGGCGGAUUCGGACUACAGGUCGUCAUGGGGCUGCCUCAAUUCCGGCAAGAUUCCAAUUCUUGUUCAAGGCACUGACGACGAGAGCAACAUCACUUUCGAGGAUACCUAUUCCUCGUCGUCUUCGUCACUCACCUAUGGUGCCCAGCAACCGGUGUUUUCCAACCCCACGCAGAACAUGUCCAUGAUGAUGGACUCCAACGAUCUCAGUUUCGGGCCGGCGUUGACCUUUAUUACCCUCUACGACAAACUGGUCGUUGUACCGCAGGAUAGUUUCCCGUCGAGCGCGUCGUCGAAACGCGACUAUGUUACCACAGACGAAGUGGCGGCUAACAUGUACAGCCGCAAGCAGGUGGCACAGGCCGGGGACAAGCCGUGGUUCUGUUGGUGGAACAGCACAGUAAUGGAGUUCUUUUUGUACAUGAACGAAACAACCAAGGAAGCCGCGUACAGCAGCAGCAGCGCGAUUGUGACAGCCACUGCCCAGGCCACGCAAGGGAGCUCGAGCUCGAACUCGGCCUCCAAGAGAAGCAGCAGCUCUCUGCCGGACUACCCUCGUCGGAUCAAGAUGGAAGAGAAACGCGAUCACCCGGGAGCCACCAACCCCUACUGCCAGCAGAUGCAGGUUUUGGAUGACGGCGAAAUCGGCCCGAUCUCGCAAACAACACUCGAGAUCAAGGAGGUUCAACCGACGCCGACGACCACGAUGGAAGGUACCGGGACGUCGCAGACGUAUACGGCCAAGGCCCAGUACGAGAGCGUCUGCUACUGCGUAUCACUGACGGAUUGA